AUGCCGCGCAGCUCGCUGUUCCCGCUGAACGACACGGUUCUAGUCUUCUUGCAUCCUGAUGACACGCUACUUCCCUCGCCAAUCGUCGUCCAAGUUUCUGUGAAGAUAGAGGGCCCUGAGAGGGUGGAGAGCAUCGCGGCAUAUUUUAACGCUCAGCGCGAUAUUGCAGACCUCGUCAAGCGCGUUAUUACCGCUCACCUGCGCGAACCGCUCCCCCGACCAGUAGUGUUCGAAGGAGACGCAUAUACUCUGGCUGCAAGGUGUGUGCGAUGGACAUACGGAAAGAAAGUCAAGCUGGCGUGGGGAGAAGAGGAUGUGCUCGCUGGUGACGACAAAUGGGUAUUCGUUUUCAGGCCGAAGUAG